AUAACAUGUCUAUAUAUUACUGAUUAGGGAAGAGAUUAGGGUUUGACCGGGCGAUACGUAAACUCGAUCUGCAUGCAGACAGAUAUGGCUGUCGGAUCCUUCCAUCCCCAUGGCUACAUAAAAACUGCCUGCACAUAAAUCAAAUAUGAAAGAAAUCCCGUCAUUUUGAAAAGGAAAAGAGGCUUGAGGCCGGGGGACAAAGCUGGAAUCAUCGACAAAAACAAUAUCUUUUUUUUUUUUUUUGUAAAUCUGGACUCCAAGAUUCCAAACAAAUCUUAAUUACAACCUUAAUUGUUUUGUUUAUUACUGUACAGCUCAUAUAUUAUUGUUAUGAUAGUUUAUUAGGGUUUGAUUCUGUUUACUUAACAGGUGCAUCCAAAUUAGGCAUAUGCACAUCGACGUUCCCCUAACACAUACCCAACAACAAUGGCAUAUAUUGCCGCUUUUGCUACCUUCCUUGUCCUCCAUCGCUAAUUAAUUACCUACAGACGCCUGGAAAUAGUUAAUACUAUAGGGGAAAUACUCUGUUAUAAUCGACAUUUUUAGGGCCUUUCACAAAAUUAAUAAUGUUAUCUCCUCAAAUAUUUUUGGAGCUCCGACGAGGGUUUUUUAAGUUUAUUGUAAUUGUGGAGUUUGAGAUGUAUUUGAUGUUGUGAAAAAAUAAGUUGUGGAAGCAAUUUUUAAAUAAAAAUGAAGCAAUUCUUAAAGAAGUUGACGAUAAAUAGGUUUUCACUACAUUUAUCAUUAAAAAAAAAAAUUCAUCGUACCCAACCAAUAAUUCCUAAUAUAUGUCACGCGCGAGAAAUUAACCUUAAUACAUCCAACCCGAAUCACCAUUAAUUGAAAUAGAAAUAGAAAUUGAGAUUCUAGAUUAACUGUGUAGAGUCCAUUUGUCAUCCUUUUCUGGCCUUCGAGCUAGCUCGAAACAAGACACUACCUAAUUAAUCAAAUUGAAUUCACAAAUUAAAUUUCUAUUUCUGUCCACAUAGCUUAAUCCUAAUACACUUUUCGAAUUUAGUAUGUUAAUUAGGUAGUAUAAACAAAGAGUCGAGACAAACAUAACCCUCUGCGGCUUCACUUUCAAAAGGUUGGUGCUGGGAGUGUUGUUUGUAACGCUAACUAAUGAAACUAUAUGCGUAAUACGUAUAAAAUUAUAAAUGGAUAUGAGGGAAGAGAAGUAUCUAACUACGGUGAUAUAGAAAAGAACUAAAAAUGUUAUGGAAAUUGUAUAAAGUUAAUUUCGUAUAUAUUUCUUAUGAAUAAAUUUUUUAUUAUUAUUAGUUGUUGGUCUCAAGAUUCGAACACAAUUGAUGUGGUGAAUGUUCUAUAUUUGUCACAUUACCACUAGGUCAAUUGUGUCAUGAAUGAGUUGAUAUGUUGAACUGAAUUAGUUUUAGACAUGAUAUUAUUGGUCCUUGAUAAUCCAUUGACAUGUUAUAUUUUGGGAUCUUGGUGGUUCAUAAGUGUUAAUGGUUGAUUUUAGAUAUAUGCUAUGAUAUGCUUGUGUUAUUAGAAUAUUUUUUUUUAAUUUCUUACCACAUAUAUAUUAACAUGUAUCAUAUAUAUUUUUAUAUUAUUUACUAUUAUAGUUGUAUGAACAGUUAAAAUGGUCGUCUCAAUCUUAGGUAACAUAGAUCAAAUUGUGAUAAGCAACAAUUUAGAUUUUUAAAUUUCGGUCUUGUUUACAUUCCAAUAAUUAUGUUAUCUUUCAUAAUGCACCUUCAUCGGUUCAUCCAAUUACCAUCAUAAAUGAAAGUGUUCGGAAUAAUCUACAUUUCAGGAUUUGACUCAAGAUGUACGUGAUGCAUGUUCUCAUUGCUACGUAAACACCGAUAAAUUAUGUGAGGUUAAUUCUAACAAAUUUACCAUAGGUGAAUGUUCUUUCUUAUUCUUCUAUUUAUUAAAAUAUUUUUAAACGUAUAAAAAGUAAAAUGUUGUCUUACUCGAGCAAUCCACAACAACAAGUGAAGGAUGUAGCUAUAGAGUACACGUAGCAUAUAGUGUAUGUAAGGGGUAAAGAUGAUGUCGAGCAAAAGAAGAGGUCAAUUAUUAACACGUAGUUAAUUAAUUAAUUAAUUAAUUAAUUAUUAACGAUGUUUAUCAAACCAGAAGGUAUUUAACAAAUGAAUGAUGGCGCAAAACAGAAACUGUGGGUAAUUAAAUAAGUAUUAGUCGGAGCUGGACUAGGAUUAAUUUAUGUGUGCGGCAUGCAGGGACAAGGAGCAAAAAAACGAUGGAGUGCAAGACAAAUGAAUUUCAUCAUCAUCGUCAUCGUGUAAAUUAAAAUUAUUAAUUGUUGUUUAGGAAUGUAUUAUGUGAACUUUUGAAGUUGAUUUAGAAGAGAAGAGCAUUCUAUCUUUUCUAUGGUAUUUAAUGUUUCUUAGCGUUUAAACAUCAAAUUUUGAUUUUGGAGAUGAGGAUGUGUUUGAAAUCUCUACUGGCAUGGAAAUAAAUAGUAUAUUGAUUUGAAGAUUUAGAAUGAGAACGGAGAUAGAACAAUCCAUCAUUAUUGUCCAAAAAUUUGAAAAGUUUUAUAUACGUGACUUCUUUCAGCAAUUUAAUGACAACCAAUAAUAAAUAAGAUAAAAUAGUAAUUUUUAAUAAUCGAUCUUUACCGAUUUGAAAGUUUCACUCAUACAGGUGGUAAAAAUUAGGUUCAUUGUGAUCAUCCUACUCGUCCCGACGGCCGACACCAUUCAAGUUGAGUAAACCAUCAAUUACAAACUAUCCAGCCCAUAUAAUUCGAACUAACGCGAUUAACCGACAACCUACUAGAGUUGGGCCGGUUGAUUUGGUCUUUGGAAGAUCUAUAGUACUACGAUGAAUGACUAUGGUUUAACCUACCAACCCCAAAGUGCCGCUUAAUCAUUCAAGGAAAGGAAUGGUAAAACCGAGUUAAGAGUGAAACGUCAGUAGCUGGAGCUUUCGACCAAUGAACAUCCAUAGUCAAACUGAUAUGAAAGAGAGAUCACAUUAACUAAUCUGAAAUACACAUAACCAAGACACUACUUAAGACCUUAUGUUAGCCGCCCGUUGUCUCUUUCUUGAUCCCAGUGAAGGAUAAAAACAGCAGAAACAGUAACCACAAUUUUACAUUAUACAAAGGAAAGUUGUCUGUUUAAUUAAAUAGUGAGGCCGACUUAAAUUGUGACUCUAUAUCUACUCCUUCCUUCCCACCACACCUUGUCAAAAGGAAGAAGAACCUUAAAAACUUCACUCAGAGAAAACAACAUUGUAUUGAUUCUCCCGCUCUGUUCCUUAAUGGGUUCACUGUCACCUCUGCCAACAAUGAGGGAUUCUGUCGUUCCACUUUCAGCAUCAUCAUCACAGCUUUACAACUUUGGUAACAGUAGUAGUACUAUUGGCGAAGUUCAGGUGAUGCCAAGUUUGGACAUCUCAAGUUUCUGCUGGGACUCCUCAGCUUUCACAAACUACCAACUAGAGCCACCAGCAGGGUUCCACAUUACUCCUCAUCAACCAGAAUCCUUCAAUGUCGCGAGCUAUGAUCCCUCGUUCGAACCAGCAGAUUGGUAUGGAUACUCACCGUUCUCUGCCUGUGACAGCACUUCUUCAAGUGACUCAAUCAUGAUGAGCAGCAAUGUCACUUCUGCUGCUGCUACUGCUGCUGCAAUGGUCGAAAAUGGGAUGUAUAGCAAACAUGGUAGGAAACGUGCAAUUGAAGUUAGCAGCAGAGCAACCAAGGGCACUACUACUGCUGCUGGGAAGAGGAAGAAGUCCAGUAGUGCUACUAAUUCUGCAGGGUCGCGGCAUGAACAACAACAAAUGAAUGAUCAGUCCAUCACAACCAUCCAAGAAUUCAAGCUGCAGGUUCCAGCAAGGAGGAGCCAGAAGCUAAGUGACAAAAUCACUGCCCUCCAGAAGUUGGUGUCUCCAUACGGCAAGACAGAUACAGCUUCUGUUCUCCAAGAAGCGUCCCUCUACAUCAAGCUCCUCCAGAAACAGAUCCAAAUGUUGAGUAAGGGAGCCUCCUCGUCGAGUUCUUUAGAGGAUUUCGACAACAAGACAUGGACGACAACCAUUGGUGGAAGUGAUGGAGAAUUAUCGGACUUGAGAAAUAGAGGGCUUUGCUUGGUUCCUUUGUCGAUGAUGACAAGGAAAUUUGCAGACCAGUAACCUUGUUAUGGAUCCAAGCCCUUACCAAGAGGAUCAAGCUGAACUCUGAUUGGGCCUUGUUUUGGACAAAUUGGGCUUUUAUGGCUCACCAUGGCUAACUCUCUAAAGUCUAAAAUUAGGGGUUUUUUUAUUUUUGUCUUUUUAUUUGUGGGCAAUUUGAAGUAGAGAGGAGAGAGCAAUUACUAGAUUAUUAUUGGAAUAACUUAAAACAAGAAGCCUACCUAAAUUUUCCUUUUAGGUAGGGGGAACAUAGAGGCAGGCCUUUUGUUUUUCGUUUUUUUGUUUCAUUUUCAUUUCCCCCUAUUGAAUCAUUUGCAUACGACUUAUGUGUAUGUAUAAUUUGGAACCUUUUGUUACAUGUCAAACAUUUAUUUUUCUUCUUUUCUUCUAUCAUGGUCUCUUAUGUAUCAUUGAAAAAGUACAAGGAAUCUUUUUAAAUUAGCAUGAAAGUUGAUUAUAGACUAUAGUAAUGGUGAAAUUACAAAACUACAAUGGUGGAAUUUCAAUAAAGCCGGUUCAUGAAUUUUUUUAAUAAUUAAUAAGACUUGUAUAACAUAACAGUUUAUCGAUAACGACUAAAUAUGUACGUAUCAAAAAGAUUUAUAAUAUAUCUUUUUUCAUGCUAUUAAGAGACCACUUAACAUAUGAAAUUAUGAAACACAUGAUCUAUGAUGAUGUGGAAAGCAGUAAACGAAGGUUCUUGGA